CAGAAGGGGCGUGGCCAGGCGGCGUGAGGGGGGGAAGAUGGCGGCGGCGGCGCUGGCGCCGGAGCUGCUGGUGCAGCUGGACCCGGGGCGGUUCCGCGCCGAUAAUCUGCUAGGGGCCGAGGACUGGGAUGAUGCCCUCUACGGUUGCCUUGACGACCGCCUGGACCCCGCCCACCUCUUCCCCUCCCUGGACCCCGACCCCAUGUUCGGCUGUGCCCUGGAUGGGGGGGGCGGCGCCAGCCCCCCCGACCCCCCCUGGCACCCGGAGCCCCCCCUGCCCUGCCCAGAUCUGCAGGUGAAAUCGGAGCCGGGCUCGCCGACCUCGUCCCUCAGCUCCGACUGCUCCUGCUCCUCCGAGCCCCAAAUUUGG